UUUUUUUACUGUUUUUUUCUCUUUUUAAUCAUUAGCCAGCCGCUUUUUCAUCCUCUCCCUUUUUUUUCUUUUUUUAUUGUUACAUUAGGUGGUUGGUGGUUGUAUUUGCGCAUUAUUUGUGUUUAUAUUUACGUGUGUGUGUAUUUAAAAGCUUUAUGUUCUUUGAGAAAAGUAAACAGAAACAAAAAAACUGGUCAAAAUAAAGGUUAAUUAAUUGUUUAUUAUAUUUAUUUAACCUUUCCAAAAUUAUAAGAAGGAAAGAUUAUAAAUUAGGUAUGUCACUAAAUUUUCUGUCAGUUGUUUAACUUUUCACGCCGCGAUUUGCAUUUUAAAUUGUAUUUUUUUUAUUUUGUAUACAUUUAGAGGCCAAAAAAGCGUUUUAGAAUUUAUUUCCAAAAUUCUUAGAUUUCGAAAAAAAAAUUUUUUUAUUUCUUUUUUAGGAUUUCCACUAACCUUAUUCCCUCUAUGCCCUUUUUUAGAUAUAUCCCUUACCUAUUAUCCCCCAGAAAUUCUCAUUAAAACCCCCUAAAAUUUUAUUGCCAGUCUCUACUUUCUUACUAAUCUUCUAUGAGGAACGUUUAUAAUAUUCAAUUUUUUUUGGUUCACUUUUCUCGUAAAUUUCUCAUUUUUUAUUGUUAUUAUUAAAUUUUAUUUGUUAAACAUUUCAAAAUAUUUAGGGGGAUGUAUAUAUUUUUUGUUGGAAUAACUGAACACUUUGGCAUUAAUGCAGUUGAUGUGGAUUUAAUAUCAGCUUCGCUAGAAAAUGCUAUUGCAACUACUGGAGGUUUCUGUGCGGGUCGAUCAUUUGUUAUUGGACAUCAACGACUAUCUGGGCUCGGCUAUUGUUUCUCGGCCUCAUUACCACCUUUAUUAACAGUAGCGGCAAGCGAAGCAAUAAAUAUUAUUCAAGAGAAGGAAAAUCUUCCGAAAAUUCUUCGUCAAAAGUCAAUUGCUUUGCACAAAUUAAUUUUUAAUGCAACUGACGGAUUAAAAUUCGUAGUGAUUGGGGAUGAAAUAUCACCGUUGAAACAUAUUGGAUUUGAACACGAAGAUAAAGAUGUGGUUGAACAAGUGUUGAAUGACUUUGUUUCUGAGCUCCAAACAGUCGGGAUUCUUGUAUCUAGAGCACACUACCUUUCAGACCAGGAAGCAUUUUCUCAAAAGGCGACGGUUAAAGUUACUUGUCGUGUUGACGUAACCGACGAGGAAAUGGAAGAAAUUGGGGAAAAUUUUCGUUUGGUAAUGAAAAAAUUGAAUAGAGAAUGA